AUGGGAUACGGAGCCCACGACCUCAAUUUCACCUCGCCAUCGAGUGACUUGACGACUGUCUAUGAGGGUGAAGAAUAUGUCUACAACCUCGGUGAUAUCGCCUGGGUGCUCGCCAGUAUGGCACUCGUGUGGAUCAUGAUUCCUGGUGUCGGAUUUUUCUACUCUGGCCUGCUUCGUCGUAAAAACGCCCUGUCCAUGCUUUUCCUCUCCAUGGCUGGUACAGCUGUCGGGUCCUUUCAUUGGUGGUUCUGGGGUUACUCCUUGGCAUUCAGUGACACUGCUGGUCCAUUCAUCGGAAACUUGAAGUACUUUGCCCUCAACAAUGCUGUCUCUCAACCAUCAGUGGGAUCAUCCCGAAUCCCGACACUCGUUUUUGUCAUCUACCAGUGCAUGUUCGCCGUCAUCACUGGUGUGCUCGCCAUCGGAGGAUUUGCCGAACGAUCCAAGAUCGGACCGGUCAUGGUCUUCCUCUUUGUCUGGUUGACGCUUGUGUACUGCCCCAUCGCUUGCUGGACCUGGAACUUCAACGGUUGGGUAUACAAGAUGGGAGGUCUCGACUUUGCAGGUGGUACGCCCGUCCACAUUUCCUCUGGUACCGCUGCGCUUGCCAUCUCCGUGUACCUCGGCAAACGACGUGGAUACGGUACUGAACGAUUGGCAUACAAGCCCCACAACACAUCGUAUGUCAUUCUUGGCACCGUCUUCCUCUGGUUCGGAUGGUUCGGUUUCAACGGAGGUUCCGCCUUGUCUGCCAACAUUCGAGCUGCUUCGGCUUGCGUCGUGACCAACCUCGCUGCCUCCGUCGCUGGUUUGACCUGGAUGCUCUGGGAUUACAGGCUCGAGCGAAAAUGGUCCGCUGUCGGAUUCUGUUCGGGUGCCAUCUCUGGAUUGGUCGGUAUCACCCCUGCUUCCGGUUACGUUGGAUCUCCAGCUGCUAUUGCCAUUGGUGUCGUUGCUGGAACUGGAUGCAACUUUGCCACCAAGCUCAAGUUCUUGAUCAAUGUCGAUGACACGCUCGAUAUCUUUGCAUCUCACGGUAUCGGAGGAAUGAUCGGAGAUCUCAUGACUGGUCUCUUUGCCCAGGCUUCCAUUGCCUACCUGGAUGGUGCGAGUGAGAUUUCCGGAGGAUGGCUCGACCGACACUACAUCCAACUUGGAUACCAAUGUGCCGAUGCCGUUACUGGUUUCACUUGGUCCUUUGUCGUCACCACCAUCAUUCUCUGGGUCAUGCACUUCAUCCCGGGUCUUAGGUUAAGAGCUUCCGAAGAGGCCGAGAUUGUCGGGAUCGACGAUGCGUAUUUGGGUGAAUUCGCCUACGACUAUGUCGGCAUUGAUCCGGAGCUUCGACUGCACCGCAUCGAGUCCAAACCUCGUAUCCUGUCUGGUGAUGUUCUCCCCGACAUUUCCGGUACAUCCACUGCUCCACCGAGUGAGAAGAACGCCGAAGGACUCCCAAGAUCAAGCGUCGCUCCUGUCGACAGUGAUGUAGAGGAUCACAUGCGACCCGGCGGUGGUCGUGUAGAUGUGUAG